AUGGAAGGGUAUUUGAGAAAAUAUAAAAAUUUUGUCAGUGGUUAUACUAAAGUCUGGGUCAACUUGAAAUCAAGCUGCCUAGUCAUUCAGAAAGAUAAAAAUGAUAAAGAUCAGCGAUUAAAAUUAGAUUUGGCGUAGUUAUAAGCUGAUUUUAAUCCUAAAGAUGCUACAGAAGUCAUCUUAACCUUUGAUAUCCAGAAGAAACCACAAAAAUUAUACCUUAAAGCUCAGGAUCAGAAAGAAAGAGAUAAAUGGGUGUAGACGAUCCAGGAUUUUAUAAAUAAGGUUAAGCUUGAUAUUGAGACGUUCAAUGCAAAUAAUCCAUUAGUGCAGCCAUUCAAGGAUAACUUAUAUGAAUCAUUUUCCAGCAGGCUAUUCGUAGAUGAAUGUGACUUAGACACGAAAUUGUAAGCUUAUACUGAAAUAGAAAAGAUGUUCUCAACAGAAGUUGAAAUACUAGCUGAUAUAGUCAAAUGCACAGUAGAGGAAGAGAAAUAGCCACAGCUAGUCAGAAAAAUGACUAGUCUUAAGAAUCUGUGCAAGACUAUGGGUGACCUCAUCAAGAACAUCGUGACUGAAAUUGAUAGCUCGCGAGAAUAAAUGUUCAGAAUUCUUGAGAGCAUUGCUGUCCUAGAAAUUAAUAAGGAUCCUAAGAAGUUCAACUUAGAAAAGUUUAAGCAUAGCUAGAAAGUUUAGGAAAAAAGAAGACAAUCUGACAACUCAACCAACAUUAAUACCAGCUCAUCUAGAAAUAAGAUAUUCGGAUCAUCAAUGAGUUCUACGAGUUCAAAUGGAAACCAGCAAGAUAAUUUGAACAGAUUUCCAAUUGAUAUGGAUUUUGAAGAGGAGGAAAAACACAGUGACACAAGUUCAAUGAUCAGUGGGAGAAGCAGUCAGUUCAAGGGAAGAGAAUCAUCGGAUAAUGAAACUGAGUUCGAAUUCAACAUAGAUGAUGAAGAGGAUAUAUUUUUAGAUGCAAGAGAUGAAAUCAUAGUUUCUUCGUAAUAAUUAGUAAAGUCUUAAAAGUUAUUUAUCCAAGAUGUCUUUGAAGAUAGAAUCACAUUACCUCAUAUGAGACCACCCAAUAUGAAAGUCAGCUUUUGGUAAGUGUUUAAGGAUUUGGUUGGUAAAGAUUUAACUAAGGUUUCCAUGCCUGUUUACUUUAACGAACCGCUUUCAUUAAACUAAAGAUUGGCUGAGACUGUCGAGUAUAAUGACUUGCUUGAAAGAGCUGCUAAAGAACCUAAUAGUUUGAUUAGGUUGGCAUUAGUCUCUGCAUAUAGUGUCACUAGAUAUUCCAAUGUUGUUGGAAGAAUGAAUAAACCUUUCAACUCUUUGCUUGGGGAAACCUAUGAGUUAGUUACAGCAAAUUAUAGAUUUAUAUCUGAGCAAGUAAGCCAUCAUCCUCCCAUUACUGCCUAUUACUGCGAGAACACAUAUUAUGAAGUUUUUGCUUAGGCCAGAACAACUAUGAGAUUCAAUGGGCGUUAUGUCAUGUUCGCUCCUAAAGAUAGAGUUUACAUAACUUUAAAACUUGAAGAUGGUACAUAAGAGUUUUACUCUUGCACUUUACCUUUGACAUCUGUUCAUAAUCUUGUUAUUGGCAAACUUUAUAUUGACGUGCACGGAAAAACUCAGGUGAUUAAUCACACCACUUAGGAAAACUGUGAGAUUGAAUGGAGAGAAAGAGGCUGGACAGGUAAAAAUGCUAAUUAGAUAGUCGCUCAUGUCAAGACUGCUUCAGGAAGAAACCUUUUCAAAGUUUAGGGCCGCUUUACUGAGAGUCUAAAUCUUGUAAAUUUGGAUUCAAAUGAAGAGUAGGAGAUUUGGAGAAUGAAUGCAAAACCAGAAAAAAGUGAUUAUAUGUAUUAAUUCUCUGACUUCACUCUUCAACUUAACUAUCUCCCAGAAACUUUAAAAGAAAAACUGCCACCCUCUGAUUCUAGAUUUAGACCUGAUUAGAGAUCCCUUGAAAAUGGAGAUACAGACUCAGCUAUCAAAGAAAAACAUAGACUUGAGGAAAAUUAGAGAUAGAGGCGCAAGGAACUCGAGGAAUGCGGUAUCAAAUAUCAGCCUGUGUACUUCGAGUAAAAGUUAAUAGAAUCUACAAACGAAAGAAUCUAUAAGUUUAAUGGAAAAUACUGGGAGGAUAGGUAAAACAAGAAUUGGAGCUAGAUUAUCAAAAUAUUUGAUUGA